GCUGAACGCAAAACGACCCGCCACAAUCCCUUCCGGCGGAUGAUGACAAUCCACAUACAUAUGAUGGAUGCGCGGCACCAUCCAUGCCCAUGUCCAAUCAAUGACCUGACGAGACGAAUAUUCCCUGAGAUGGAAAUCUCACCGAUAGUCUCAAAACGAUGCAAUGCAAUGCGAACGCGCUGCGAUGAUUCAUGUAACGAUGAGGCAACGACUGAUUACGAUAGUUGGUCUCAUACCACUCUUUUUUUCACCUACUGAUUUCAGGUUAUGCUCAUGUCUGUCUGUCUUUGUGUCCAUCAUGACACCCAUUUCCUUGUCUGUCUGUCUAUCUAUCUACUGUCACUCGCUCCUAACCACCCACACUCACUACCCACUAUUGCUUGCAUUUGCCCGCACGGGCGCGCCUGUCACUCACUCCAUACUACUUCGAUUACUGAGCUCUUCUCAUACUAUACCAUAAACAAACAUACCAUAUGCCAUAACAAAGAAAACCACAUUCACCAC